UCUCAGCAUCCGCCGACCGUCCUCCUUCACUUUUAUUUCCCUCUUCUUCAGGAAUCCAGCGGCAGAAGCUCUCCGCGUCUGGAUUAUUGUGGCGGGAUCAAGACGCGGUGCCAUGCGGUGUUUUGCAGCAGCAGCAGCGGCGGCGCGCCGCAGCGCGCUGUCCCGUCCCCGCCGCUGGAUGCUGCCGGCAUAAUUUCCAGACGGCGGCGGGAGGAGGAUGGUGGAGGAGGAAGGUGGGGUCUGCUCACAUCGCCGCUCGCCUCAGCACCGUCUAACCAUCCGCCCGGCCGAGGUCUGGACCGGCGCUACGGAACGGACACGUGGUCGCGCAGCAGCAGCCGCCGCCAGUCUGGAGGUCCUCUGGGGUGAGUUGGAAUCCAGGCUCACGCCAGUCAUGCUUGUCCGCUGCUCUCCGUCAUCUGCUCUGCCACCCCGUUAAAUGGCUUAUAAAAGUUGACGGUGUUAAAAUGAAACUUUCAUUUGAAGUGGUGAGUCUUCAGGAGACGUCCCAGACCAGAGCCAGGACUCCAGACUCAGGCGCACCUUCUCCAGCUCCCCAUCCCUCCAGAUAUCUCCUGCGAGAAGUGUGACUCUUUCACGUGGACGGGCCUCGGGCAGCUGCGACUCUCACUCUGUGGAUUUUCACAUGGUGAAGACUGAGUCUUGCAGGGAUCAAAUCAGAGCACUAUUUUUGUGGAUUUAAAAAGAAUCGGGUGUGCUCUUCAGGGUUUCUGUUUGGGAGCAGACUUUCCACCUCAGGGAUCAGACGCUCACCAUUUGGAGCGCGUAAUCCGACAGACACAAAUCUCAGGCGGAGGUUCUCAGGGAUCUUGAACUUUCUGUGACCGAUCUCAAACCCAGGCGGUUAAAUCUCAGGCGACGUCUGUCUUCAUCAGCUUCGGGGGCGGCUCAUGCAUCAGGAUGGCGGGCGACAGCUUUCAGUUCCGAGCGCUCUUCGAGUAUCGACGGCAGCACGGUGAUGACAUCAGCCUGCAGCCCGGCGACCUGCUCACCGUGGCCAAGGCCUCGCUGCCGGAGGAGCAGGAGGGUGCUGAGCGCAGCCCCAGGGGGUGGCUGCACGGGACCAACGACAGGACCAAAGAAAAGGGCGACUUCCCGGGGACUUUUGUGGAGUAUGUCGGGGCGUUGAGGACUGGCCCGCCUGUGGCGAAGACCUGCUGGCCAAGGACUGUGGCGCUGACCACGGAGAGCCUCGGAGCGUCAUCGGGUGCGGAGGCGGAGCCUGUGUCGGAGGCGGCCGUCGUGGCGGUCUGGAGACUGGCGGACGCCGUUGAGAAGCACGGUCCAGACUGUGCGUCUGUGUACGCAGCCGGGCCGAGCUCCGGCGCCCCCGCAGAGCUGCGUCAGGCGCUGGACUCAGACCCGUUCUCCGUGGACCUGGAUCACUUCGACCUGUCCUCCCUGGCCGAGGCUCUCUGGGGCCUCCUGCUGGAUCUGCCGGCCCCCGUCCUUCCCGACUACGUCUACAGGGAGCUCCUCUCCACGGCUCAAGAGAGUGAGAGCGUGGACGAGUGCGGGCAGCGGCUGAAGAGCAUCCUGGAGUCUCCCGGUCUUCCUCAGAACAACCACCAGCUCCUGGUCCACCUCAGCAGGCACCUGAGCCGGGUCAGCCGUCACCAGCAGGUCGCACCCAAACUGCUGGGCCAGUCCUUCGCAGAGGCUGUUUUCAGGCCGUCCCACCUCAGAGACGUGAACCCAGAGCAUCACGUCAGGAUCUUGGAAGCUCUGAUUACAACCGGAGGCCUGGAGGAGAUGCAGCCAGCACCAGCUCUUCCUCCCAAACCGGCCAAGUCCCAACAGUCCAGCUCCAUCAACGGCACCAAGGAGGCAGGCUCCUCGCUGCAGGAGGCCGAGUGGUACUGGGGCGACAUAUCCAGGGAGGAAGUCAACGACAAGCUGCGAGACAUGCCGGAUGGAACCUUCCUGGUCCGGGACGCGUCCACCAAGAUGCAGGGCGACUACACGCUGACGCUGAGGAAGGGCGGCAACAACAAGCUGAUCAAAAUCUACCACCGGGAUGGCAAGUACGGCUUCUCGGACCCGCUGACCUUCAGCUCGGUGGUGGAGCUCAUCAGCCACUACCGGCACGAGUCCCUGGCGCAGUACAACACCAAGCUGGACGUCAAGCUCAUGUACCCCAUCUCCCGCUUCCAGCAGGACCAGCUGGUGAAGGAGGACAACAUUGAUGCUGUGGGCAAGAAGCUCCAGGAGUACCACAAUCAGUACCAGGACAAGAGCAAGGAGUACGACCGCCUGUACGAGGAAUACACCAAGACUUCGCAGGAGAUCCAGAUGAAGCGAACGGCCAUCGAGGCCUUCAACGAGACCAUCAAGAUCUUCGAGGAGCAGUGCCACACGCAGGAGCGCUACAGCAAGGACUACAUCGAGCGCUUCCGCCGCGAGGGCAACGACAAGGAGAUCGAGCGCAUCAUGAUGAACUACGAGAAGCUCAAGUCACGGCUGGGCGAGAUCCACGACAGCAAGGUGCGGCUGGAGCAGGACCUGAAGACGCAAGCCCUGGACAACCGGGAGACCGACAAGAAGAUGAACAGCCUGAAGCCCGACCUCAUCCAGCUGAGGAAGAUCAGGGAUCAGUAUCUAGUUUGGCUCAACCACAAAGGAGUUCGUCAGAAACGGAUCAACGACUGGCUCGGCAUCAAGAACGACAACACUGACGACGGCUACUUUGUGACGGAGGAGGACGAGAACCUGCCGCACCACGACGAGAAGAGCUGGUUUGUUGGCGACGUCAACAGGACGCAGGCGGAGGAGCUGCUGACUGGGAAGCAGGACGGAGCGUUUCUCAUCCGUGAGAGCAGCAAGAAGGGCUGCUACGCCUGCUCCGUCGUCGUGGACGGCGAGGUGAAGCACUGCGUCAUCUACAGCACGCCGCGAGGCUUCGGUUUCGCCGAGCCGUACAACCUGUACAGCAGCCUGAAGGAGCUGGUGCUCCACUACCACCAGACCUCGCUGGUGCAGCACAACGACUCGCUCAACGUGCGCCUCGCCCACCCCGUCUACGCACAGAUGCCCUCCGGACGCAGAUGAACCGGCUCACCUCACCAAACACGGACAACCCACCCCGACUUUUUUUCACCGGGGAGAAGAGGAAACUCCAGGAGAGAGAGAGAGAGAGAGAGAGAGAGGGGGAAGCGCUCACGGCACCGCGCACGUCGGCCAUCUUUGGAGUUCCAUAUAUUUUUACAUGAAGUACUCGGGAGGGCAUUCUUUCUAACGACUGCUUGAUUUGCACAAGGAAGUUUUAAAUGUUUGUGAAUGUGAAGAAAUAAAUAAGCGACCGAACGGAAGGAAGACUUCAGAGUUUCAGGUUGGACCCGCUGCUACCUAAAACUCCAGCUGAGACUUUUCACCUCGACAUUCCCUGCUCAUCCGUGCGUUCUGUUGGUUAGUGACUGGAGUUCUGUUGACCCUGUGGGAAGCUGGAGGAGACCACCACGUCCCGACGAAAUGUAGCAUAACAAAGAUGGAGGCUGCUCCGCCGCCACAGCUGCUGUGGGGCUGGAAGGGGAGGGGAGGGGAGGGGAGGGAAGGGCUUUUCUACUGACCUUUUUUUUGGGCUUUGCAGUUGUCACGGUGAUGUCGCAUUUCCGAACUAGAGACCAAAGCUGAGGGACAAAUGGUGGUUGAGAGUUUUUGGAGUUGAGUGGGCCUUGUUUUUUUUUCGGGGGGGGGACAAGACAUGCACUUAAAUGUUCUCAGUGCAGCACGUCGUCGCACAAGUUUCCCCAAAUUUGGCAAAAUUAAUGUUUUUGUUUUUUUUUUUUUGUUUUUUUUUAAUCAAAAAAUGGUCUUGUCAA